AAAAUAGUGCGGCGGAAGAAUGUCCGCUGUAGUUUAUGCUAUGUUUACAUCGAACUGCAGAAAAUUUUCUCCAAAUUCCUUAAGUACUGAUUAGAGGAGUACUUAUUUAGGUUAGCAUAUGCACAGUUUGUUAAAUGUUAAGUGGUAUAUUGCGCAAGUUCUUGAUGUUAUUUAUGAAAUUGCUAAUUUUGAGUGGAUUAUUUCAACCGGUAGCCAUAUUGAAAUGCCACCAAGCGGUUUUAUGAAUUUUUUUCAUAAAUUGCUGAAAAAUUACUAAUACAGUAGUUGUAAAACGUACUAACAAUAAUCUUUCUAUAAGUAUUAUGCGAUUUUUGUGUAAUCACAUAUGAUAAACUACAUGAAAUUUUAAUAUCAAAUUCAUAGCUUUCUUGAUAUGGUUGUGCAAGAGGAUAUCUAUUUUUUAUAACAUUCAUACAGAUUUUUUAAUCAAGAUAUAAUAGAAAUAAUAAAGAAAACAUGACAAUCGCAAGUGGAAACAAGAAGAAUGAUGAUUCCCCAGAAAAAAUGCAGAAUCAAAAAGCUCCCAUGCAACAUGAUGAACUAGAAACACAGAGUGACGAAUUUGAUGAGGUUGACUUUCCACUUGAAAUAUUGAAUAGAUUGGAUGAAAUGAUUAAUAGACCGCGAUGGGUCGUUCCUGUAUUACCCGAUGGAGAAUUAGAAAAAUUACUUAACGCUGCAAUCAAAUUAUGUAAAGAAGGUAUGCUUGUAUUUCCUGGUUUGAUCACGUUACCAUCAUAUAUAUUUACAGGAAAAGAUACAAGGAGCGAAGCUUGUCAACGUUUUUUUCGAGAUGGAUUGACAACUUCUUUUACUAAAAUUCUAUCGGAUGAAGCCGUAAGUGGCUGGAAAUUAGAGAUACAGAAAAGCAUUUUUCGAAAUACUGAAAAAUUGAUAGAGCUUAUUGUAACAAAAUUGUCACAAGAUUGGUUUCCACUUUUGGAUCUACUAGCUGUGGCUUUAAAUCCUAUGUCUAAAUUUCAUCAUUUUAAUCAAUCUAAGCAAUGUGAAUAUUCAAGUAAAUACGAUGAAGAGGCUGCUUUUGCAAAUACUUAUGAUACCAGAAUCCCAAAAGGUUGGCUUGUCGAUUUAAUAAAUUUAUUUGGACGCCUGGGUGGUUUUCAAAUUAUUUUAGAACGAUUUACUAAAGGCAGUAAUUUAUCUGUAUCGCUUAUAGCAGCCUUAAUCAAGCCUUGGGGAAAUUGUUACGAGUUAUUAACGACUCAUACUGUGGAAAAUUAUUUUCUCCCGAUAAUUAAAAUUGUACCCGGUAUUCUCAAAAAUUUAUCAGACGAAGAUCUUAAAAAGGAAUCUAAGACUGAGGCGAAAAACGACACUUUAUCUGGUAUCAUUAAAGCUCUCAAGAAUUUAGCAGGAAGAACGGUGGGAACAGAAGAAAUAAUUAAGGAAUUAGAAAUACUACGAUUAGAAAUGAUUUUAAGGUUGCUACAAAUAUCGUCAUUUAGUGGAAAAAUGAACGCCUUAAAUGAAGUGAACAAAGUUUUAACCAGCGUUACGUAUUGCUCACCUAGACAUCAUAUUGAUGUUGAUGAAUGGCUGACAACAGAAAAAAUGGCGGAAUGGAUAAAUACAAACAAUGUUCUUGAUAUUGUUUUAAGAGACUCAUUACAUCAACCCCAAUAUGUAGAGAAGUUAGAAAAAAUUAUUCGAUUUAUGAUAAAGGAAAAAACAUUAACCUCAAAAGAUCUUGAUCGAAUUUGGCAGGCUCAGGCUGGAAAGCAUGAAGCUAUAGUAAAAAAUGUUCAUGAACUCUUGGCUAAAUUAGCAUGGGAUUUCUCCGCAGAGCAGCUAGAUCAUUUGUUUGAGUGUUUUCAAAAUUCUUGGACUCAUGCGUCUAAAAAGGAACGUGAAAAGUUAUUAGAGCUAAUCCGUCGAUUAGCGGAAGAUGAUAAGGAAGGCGUUAUGGCCAAUAAGGUAUUAAGUCUUCUUUGGAGUUUAGCACAUUCUCAAGACGUUCCAACUGAAACAAUGGAAGCGGCAAUGAAUGCUCACAUAAAAAUUCUCGACUUUUCGUGCUCUCAAGACAGAGAUACGCAUAAACUGGAUUGGAUUAGUACGCUAAUUGACGAGCUUAAGAGAAAUCCUUCUUGGGCAAUUCCUGCCUUAAAACACAUCCGUGAAAUCUGUCAACUAUUUAGCGAAGCUCCUCAACAAAAUUUCAAUAAUGUAAGAACUGAGAAUCUUUAUUAUAGACAGAAUAUAAUUUCCGAACUUCAAAGUCAGCAUAGUGUUAUUGGCUUGGUAACAAAUAACUUAGAGGAUUAUAUAAACAAAGCUCGCCAAGCUAUUGUGGAAAACAAAACACUUGGAACUGAUGCUAAGUUGUUACUACUAGAUAAUAGAUAUGAUCACAACAUACAGGUGCAAGAAAGAUUGAGGUUUAUCAGAUUUUUGUUAAAAGAGGGACAAAUCUGGCUUUUGGAGGAACAAGCUCGGCAAAUUUGGAAUUGUUUAGCGGUUAAUGCAGUUUACCAAUCUGAUAGGGAGGCUUGUUUCAAAUGGUUUGCCAAAAUAAUGGGGGAUGAGCAAGAUCUAGAUCCAGAGAUUUCGAAUCAUUUUUUUGUUAGUUGUGUUCUCGAAUUGGAUUCAUCACUAUUAACUGAAUUUGGCAUGGGAUGUUUUGAGAGAUUUUUUAAAAUGGUUAACUUAAGAGAAAAGAAAUUGAAAUGCGGGGGGAAGAACAUUGUCAUGGAUAGCGUUGAUUUGAUUGGCUUAGAUUACGUAUGGCGAGUGAUAAUGAAUGCUGAGGAAACAGUAGCUUCAAAAGCAAUCACACUCUUAAAAGAAUUAUAUACAAAUUUAAGUCCAAAUUUGCAACCACAACAAUUAGAAUUACAUCAAGAAUUAUUGAAUGAUUGUAUGCAGAGAUUAGAAACAUCAGCAGAAACUGUCAAAUUAUUAAAGUCAACGAGAAAGGAAGAGGGAGAUGAAAUUGCCUUACGAAAGGAGCUAAAAAAGAUGACGAGAGUACUCAUUGUAUUAUGCGAAUAUAUAAAAGAAUGCGAUAGCACAUAUCUUCAGGAAAGAGCAUUGCCUCCAUUAUUUAGAGCUUCCAGAGGUAAUAAUAUCCUGUUGAAAGUUCGAACAAUCACUCAGCAUCGAUCGCAAAGUCAAGAUGAAUUCGACAUUUGGACUCACGAUGUUGAGACUUUGGCCAGUCUUCGCCGGGCGAUUGAAUUAAAAAUUUCAAGCAGAAUAUUCAAAUGCUCUCAAUUUUCCAGUCCUUGUGGAAAAGUUGAGUUAGGCUAUAAUGGAGAGCUCCUUGAGCCAGCCAUUCACGAUUCAAGAUUAAUAAGCGAGUUAUGCAUUCAAAAUAGAACGACGAUUACUGCAAAAUUAACUAACAUAACUGGGCAUCCUUCGAGCGCUGAGAGUAGCUCGGAUAGUUCACCAUCACCUCCGCACCAUAUGUCUACUAGUCAUCACUUUGAAGGUCCGAGUUUAGAGAUUGAAUCUUGCUUACCAGGAGUUCUCUUAACUGAGCAUCCUGUUAGAGCUUUGUUUUUAUGUAAGGUAAUUGAUUUAGGUUGUGAACUUAGAGAAGAAGCUCUAAGAGAUCAUGCCUUGCAACUACUAUUCGUAAUUCCGGCUCAUGACCAAUCAGUCAAAAUCUUGAAGGAGGCAUGCCCACAAAAAACCGUUGAUAAAGCCAAAAUGAGUAAAGUAUUGCAUGAGAUAUUCUUCAAUAAUUCCUCUCAUGCAACUGUUCUAUAUUAUGUCAAUAUUUUAUACUCACUUCUACUCCCGGCUCAAGAUAUUAAUUGGAAAGAUGCUUUUCAUAUGCGUACAAAUUUUUUGCUUAACGGAGGAGUACAGUUGUCUUUAGCCAUGUUGACGCGACAUGAUUUUAUGAAGGACGCAGAUAUUUUUCUUAAACGUAUGGCUUACUUGCACGUUUUACGGAUUUGUAAGCUUGUUCUAACGAUUGUUGCUCACGCACGAGUACAGUAUGUGUCUUCUAAAUACGAUGGAGUGAAUAAUAUUCAACAAAACAAUGAACAAUUCGAUGAAUAUGAGGAAGCCCGAAUUCUACAAGAAGCUCUUACGAAUGUAACAUGCUUUCAUCCAGAAAAUAAACUACAUAAUGCUACGCUCUCCCAUGGUCAAGAGCUAAAAGAGAAAGUGAUAGAUUUCCAGCCCGAUUUGAUCACUGCAAAAGUUGUCCAGAAAAUUGCUUGGUGUGCUAGCUGGGGCGUUUUGCACUUAUCCCAUACAAUCGAUGAUUCGGAAAAAACAAUAGCGUCCAGUAGAUACGAACCCAAUGAUAUUGAUGUGAAGGUUUCGUGCGAAGCUUUAGAACUAUUGAGUUUAGUAUUAGCCUUGUGCCCUAAAGCGUUAGAAUCUUUGAACAAAGAUAAGCAAUGGCAAGCUUUUAUACUCGAUGUUCUUUUGGUGUGCCCAAUAUUAGAAAUUCGUAAUCAAGCUCAAGAUUAUUUCUUUAACAUCGCUACAAAAUGUGUGAAAGGUCAAAAACCUUUGCAAUUUUUUGUUACUCUUCUUUUUACGGCCUUGAAAUCACAAGUUCCGAAAUAUUCUAAUCAGUCACAUGAAUAUUUUGUUUUGCUGUGCAAGUUAUUGAACGAAUCGACAGAAAAGAAUAUAAACUUUACAAAUGCCGAUGUUUUACUUCAGAAUGAAAUUACUUGGUUAGAGGACGCCAGAAGCAAAGUUACAAAAGAACAGGAUGAAGUUGAUCAAGUAUUAUUGCAGGGUCAUCUUAUGAUUCUUCGUUCAUUUUUGUCAAUGUACAAAAAAGAUAAGAAAGAGGAAAUUGGGGCUGAUUCACGUAGCGGAGUUCGUUUGAUACGCAAAUUGGUGGAGGAUUUCAUUUUCCCCGCAUCAAAAUACGUUGCUGUAUUGAAAGAUCAUUCAAGUAUUAUAGCACCAAUUACGAAAGCAGUAUGCCAUUCACCCAUGGCAACUUCGGCAGCCUUUAACUUAUUGGUAACUUUAUGUGAGGGAUCAGUAAAAAAUUUGGAACUAUUAUCAAAGCUUUUGACAGUCAUGUAUUACGCUGAUAAAGAUUCAUCUUUAACAGACUGGGAGUAUGUACCUGCAGUAGGGAAGAGGCCAGCAAAUGGUUUUGUUGGAUUAAAGAAUGCGGGAGCUACAUGCUACAUGAAUUCCGUAUUGCAGCAGUUAUUUAUGAUUGAUCCAAUCCGUCGUUCUGUACUAGAAGCGAAUGCUGGAGGAGAGGAUGAUAUACCAGAUGACUUUGACGAAGAUGAAGAUGUUCAACAAUCGAAAGUAAUAGAAGAAAAACCGGAGGAACAACAGAAAACCUAUCACUUAGGAGUUUUACGCCAUAUUCAACAUAUUUUUGGCCACUUGAGUAAAUCCGAUCUGCAAUAUCAUAUUCCAAAGAGGUUUUGGAAACAUUUCCGAUUGCAAGGCGAACCCUUAAAUUUGCGAGAGCAGCAAGACGCAUUAGAAUUUUUGGCAAGCGUAGCCGACAGUAUUGAUGAAGCGAUGAAAGCCAUUGGUGCUCAGCCUAUUAUUUCAAAAGUUAUGGGUGGAGCGUAUGCUGAUCAAAAAAUUUGUAAAGGUUGUCCCCAUCGAUAUUCGCGUUCUCAAAGUUUUUUAACUUUAAACAUUGACAUAAGAAACCAACACAAUUUAUUAGAGUCUUUAGAACAAUAUGUAAAAGGUGAUCUUCUUGAGGGAGCGAAUGCCUAUCACUGUGAACGUUGCGACAAAAAAGUAGACACCGUAAAACGAAUGUGCAUUAAAAAACUACCCCCUAUUUUAGCCAUUCAAUUAAAGAGAUUUGAUUACGAUUGGGAAAGAGACUGUGCAGUUAAAUUUAAUGAUUACUUUGAGUUCCCUCAACAACUAGAUAUGGAACCCUACACAGUUCAUGGUUUAGCUAGAAUGGAAGGGGAAGCAGUCGUCGAUGAAGAGGCUGGAGGAGGAGAUGAAAAUGCCAACAGUCAAACCUGUACUAAAUACAGGCUUGUCGGAAUGGUUGUUCAUUCUGGACAAGCGUCCGGAGGUCAUUAUUUCAGUUAUAUAUUGCAUAGAGUACCUGGAGGUACUGAAAAGUGGUACAAAUUUGAUGAUGGCGACGUAACAGAAUGUAGAAUGGAUGACGAGGAACUAAGAAAUCAGUGCUUUGGAGGAGAGUAUCUUGGUGAAGUAUUCGAUCAUAUGCUAAAAAGAAUGUCAUAUCGCAGACAAAAGCGAUGGUGGAACGCGUAUAUUCUUUUAUACGAACGUGUAGAUCAGAAUCGUAAUAUUGAAGGCGAAGGCGAUGUUGAAACCGUCGCGAAAAGUCUUGCCACCUUAAACCUUAACGAGAUAAUGCCAUCGUUUAUUGAACAAUCUGUUCGUCGUCAUAACCUGCAGUUUAUGCAUCAGAGAGCUCAGUUUUGCCCGGAAUAUUUUCAUUUCAUACGUAGUCUUGUACAGAUCAACGUAAUUUCACCUUCACCGUCUUAUUUGAGUACCAGUGAAUGUGAAGAAUUAGCAAUGUUAAGCGUGCAACUAGCAGCAAAGUUUUUGUUUACAGUUGGAUUCCGAACAAAAAAGAGUCUUCGAGGUUCAGCACACGAAUGGUAUGACGCUUUUGCGUUUCACUUGAGAACUUCCAAAAACGUUCGAUUGUGGUUUAUCGAGCAAGUUCUUCUUCAGCAUCCCAGCAGAUUUUCUGAGUAUUUAUUGGAGUGCCCGUCAGGAGAAGUUAGACAAACAUUCAUGCGAAUUCUUGUCUUUCUCGCACACUGUAGUCGCAGUGACGGUAAUCGACCACUAACAGAAGGAAAAUCACUAUCCUAUUCAGAUCUUUUGAUAAGUAGUGUUUUGAAUUUAUUAAAGAGACAAGUUUCGGAGAAUGGACGACAUUUAGCACAAUACUUCCAGCUGUUCGUCAUGUACGCUCAAUUAGGAAGAGAAGAAAAAGAACAACUCCUCCGUCAUCAAGUUCCAACCUUGUUUAUAACUGUUGCUCUUGAUGAAGGUCCCGGCCCACCAAUUAAGUAUCAGUAUACUGAAUUGGGAAAGCUCUACUCUGUUGUAUCAGUAUUGGUAAGAUGCUACGAUGUUAGUGCAUUCUGUAAAACAAGUGAUGGUAGUACAAAUAUAAAACCGAAUCCCUACGCCGAUGAAGGUGGCCCAAUACAUCCAAUUACUUCAGAAGUAUCGGAGAUGCUCUAUCAAAGACAAAGCAUUAUUAAAAAAGUUGUAGAAGAUUGUCAAUCUAGUGAAGACAUUACAAAAUUGUUGUUAUUUUGUUCGUGGGAGAAUGAGAGUUUUUCAAAUUAUUUGCUAUCGGAAUUGGUGUGGCAAGUUGCAUUUUCUUACACCUACGAGCUAAGACCGUAUCUGGAUCUUAUAAUGAACACUUUAUUCAUACAAGACUCUUUCCAAAUGCAGCGAAUUAUGUUAGCAUUCAAAGGAGUUCCUGAUGAUAGAGACGGUUUAUUUGAUAUAAUUCAAAAGUCUAAAAACCAUUACCAAAAACGAGGCUAUCAGAUUAUUAAAAUGAUGGUUCAGCUAUUUAAUAAGUGUCAAAGUUCAUUAGACAUACUGUGUAGAUACACCGAUUUCAAGAAAAAAUGGCAACAUGCAGUGGAGUGGUUAAGCGAGGAACUAGAAAGAAGACCUUACACGAGUCAUAACACCUAUGCUUGGUCUCCACCAGCCCAAUCGAAUGAAACAUCAAACGGUUACUUUUUAGAACGUUCAAAUUCGGCUAAAUUGACACUUCAACACGCGUUACAAAUUUUACCUGAAGAAGAUAUGGAAGACUGCCGACGGUCACCGUCGCCAAAAUCCCCGGCAAGUCGAGAAUGUUCAGACGACAUACCAUCGCCAAAUGAAGAACUCUGA